UAUGCUAUAAAUUAUAGAGUACCCGUCACAUAGGCCGUUUCAGGGACAUCUCCACGCGUCGAGCCAGACACAUGGUCACACUCAUCAUGUAGUACUAUAACGAUAUGUGCACCGCCAUGGUGAUGACGGCGUUGUGCCACGCAGCGACUCUUGGUCAAUGCAGCCCUCAGCAUCAAUACGACAUCAAGACCAUGCGAUGCAACCACGACCUUGGUCCAGCAGCCUCUAUCGACGUACUUUGUGAGAUGUGUUGUUUUCUAAACGUUACCACCACCCAUGUCAUUGCACACUUCCAAGGUUUCAGCACGAUAACAGUUUCAUUGCAUGUAUCGUAUGCUGUGGAACUUUGCAAGCCUGUACCGUUCAGCACUUGGAGCAAAGUGCGCAAUAUGAGCAUGGGUUGGCUUUAUCUCCAUCAGACCUGAGCAAGUGACAGCCUUCCAAGGCAGCACCACACGAAAGGUCUGUAUCUCGAUACAUGGUCUCUCGCUCGGCGCCGCAGUUCUCUCGCUUUAGUGUAUAUAGUGAAUAUAUGGCUGCUUUUAACGCAUCAACAUAGAUCGCAUGUUUCCUGUCUUCGAGAGA